AGUAGCCAGCUAGAUUUCAGCAAACACAAACAUUCUGAGAACAUGGAGCAGGCUAGCUUCCUUCAAGUUGUGGACAGGCAGAUGAAGACUUUGACAGAGCCCCCUGAUGGGCAUCCUAAAAAGAUAGAUGUUUCCCCUGUUGCACUGGACCUACAGAACUCAUACCAUGCUUUAAAUGAACCAGAGCACACCCCACUUGUCUGCUCAAGUCAGACUGGCGGUCAUACCUCUCCUAUUUCAAGGAGAAACAGUGCUGAUGCAAGUAUUGCUUCCCAGACAGCAACCUCUUGCUUUGCUUUCAAUGGUCCGUACUUGUACAGCCCAGUGGUGUCCUCCCAACUUGAUAUGCACCAGACCCUGCAAGUGGACCCGGUGGGAGUCCGUGAGAAGUCAAUUUCCCUGCAGUAUGUGACCCUCCCAAAGGAAGACUGUCCCCAGGCUCCACAGAGGCAAGAACAGCCAGGAGCGGGUCCUCCACAGCCCUUCCUGCUCCCAGAUCAGAAGGAAGUUACACAGCACCUCGAUAAGGAGGAAGAAGUCUCACGAGCCCCACCAUGCUGUGAAAAAGACAAGAACAUGAGAACAGAAGAGCAGAAAUCUCCAAAGGCUCUUAGCUGUGUUAUGUCUCCUCAGAAGUGCCCCUUGGAGUACGUUACCACAGAGAGCUUGUCCUUGCCAUCAGCCAGUGAGUCCACCCAUCCUCCACCUGUUACUGCUGGCGAGUUACCUUGUGACUCACAGAAGCCUCAUCCCCAUGGUGAUCACCCUCGCCAUGAAUUUUCUCCUGGGACAACUGGUAUCACGGUCCAAGCUUCAGGUCAAGCACCAACCUCUUCUCCUGAAUUGCAUCUGGAUACAUUUGGAGACUAUCUCACAGUCCCCACGGAUCUCAGUGGGCAUCCAGAACCUGCAAAGAUUUCUUUGCCUCUCCUACAGAAGGGCAACGAUCUUCCUAGGAAGCAGCCUUUGUCAGAGGGUGACUUGGUGGUGUUAAACCCUGACAGCACUGAGCCAGUUUUCCUUUGCCAGGUUGGUGACUAUUGUUUCCACAGCCUAAAAUCCAGUGUGAAGAUGGAUAUUAAUCAGGAGGACCACCAAAUUAAGAAACCUUCUGAAGGCAAGACAACAUCUGGGGAGCCUGUGUCUAAGGAAGUACCAUCCAUCACUGGCAAGGAAAAGGAUGUAUCAAAUAUGCAAGCUAUUCAGCUUUUCAAAAACCUGAAAUCAGAUGAUUACUUUUCCUGGCAGCAAUCACUGAGGAUCACGGAAAUCUGUUAA